AUGGAUGAUAUCUUAGCGACAGGAGUUCACAUUAAGCAGGUUAUUAAACAAUUGUAUGUCACAUUUUCUUUAAAGAACUUGGGUCUGUUGCACUACUUCCUAGGCAUUGAGGCCACACAUGUCAAAGGCAGUCUAGUCUUAUGCCAACGGAAGUAUAUCAAAAAGUUGUUGGCCAGAUUCGAACUGGAUCAGGUGCGACCAGUUGAGACACUUAUGCCCGUGACUCCCAAGUUGAGCAAAUUGGAGACAGAACACAAUUCAUCUUGGAAAUUACAGUACGAUAUUUCUGCUUACACCGACUUGAAGGUUAACUCCGCUGCGGACUUCGUAAAGGAACUAUACGGUUUGGGAGCUAGGAGAAUUGGGGUAUUCAGUACACCACCAAUCGGCUGUGUGCCAUCACAAAGAACUUUGGGUGGAGGAUUUCAAAGGGGAUGUGCUGAAGAUUACAACGUGGCAGCCACACCAUUCAACAAGAAGCUGUUGUCGGUAUUGAAUUCCGUUCGGGCAAGCAUGCCUGAUGGCAGAUUUGUGUACAUAGAUGUCUACAACCCUUUGUUUGAUCUCAUUCAAAACCCUCAUAAAUCUGGUAUUUUUAUAAAAUAUUUACUACUUAAUCCUACUUUAAAAAAACUAAUGAUUUACAGUGGUUAA